AUGGCAGACUUAAGAGGACACCCAGGACAUUCGAGCCUGUGGUCGAGUUAUGGAGGCUCAGUACACAUGCCGGGGCGAGUGGCGGAUCCUAUGCCGUCAACUUCAUCGCCUCUUCCGGGACGAACCAGCAGUAAUCAUAACGAAAUGGAACAUCCUUCUUACUCCUACAGCCGGUACCCCCAGGACGACCAAGAAGCAUACGACAGACCUGCUCACCCAGAAAUGGUUUCCCACCACGGCUACCCAACCCUGAAGAGAUCCUUUUCGGAGGCAGAGCCACCUGCCUACCAGGAAAUAGUCCAGGAUCUUCGCGACGACAACUCCAAGAUGUCGGCUAGCCACGAACACAAACUGCUGGCCUUCAAGAGAACGCAGGACAAACACACAAUUGUCGAUUCACAAGGUCGCAUGCAGCAGCUCGAACUAUCAGCCCAACUUCAUGGAAUGUUCUUCCUCUCGGAGAUGCCUGCAAACACAUCAGAUGGCUCACUCCGACAACCUGAGUUGACUUGCUAUCGAAGGAAUCUUUUCCAGAUCAGCGGCACUCUUGUCACUCCACGAGGGCAGCUUUCUGUCAUCACUGAAUCAGGCGAGACGGUUGCAGUCAGCAAUAUGGAGGUUACCAUCUCUGCUAUUGAGUCGGUUGAUGGCAAUCCUGUUCGAUUGAUCGUCAUUCCGUGGAAGACCCCCCCACCAAACUCCCCAGAGACAAACCAGAGCCCCGACCAGGAGCCACAAUCUCUCCCCCUGAUUCCUUUCCAAGAUGACGGGUCAGAAUCCGAUGGCGAAUAUGCUGUUUACCCAAUUGGAUGGCGCCGACUGCAGUUUAGGAUUGCAACCGCGAACAAUGGUCGCCGAAAGGAACUCCAACAGCAUUUUGUACUGCAUCUGAAGGUAGUAGGAACACUGGCGAACGGUAACAAGACUGUCCUUACGGAAUCAACAACUGCACCCAUUGUCGUACGAGGACGAAGCCCCCGUAACUUCCAGGCCCGCAAGGAAAUCCCUCUGCUUGGAUCGAGUGCUGGCUCUCGUGGACAAGCCCUCGUGGAGACAGGCCUGGGUGUUGUGGCCGGACCCUUGAGCGCAAAGCACCAGGAAACAAAGCCAAGGGGUGUUGAUGCGCAGCUCCCACGGACAGCCUUUACCUUUAACGCGCCCAAAAUUCCCGGUACCCAAUUGGGGCCAAUCCGAUCAAACUCCUAUCCAACCUGGGGAACUCCUCCGGCUCAGGUGCCAAUGGGCCAUGUUCCUACAUCUGGCGCGGAGAAUUAUCCAGCGGCAACAAUGGGGCCCUUGACAGGCACGGCCAGUUUCCCUGCUGAGUCGCAAGGGAUGCCCAUUCAAUCAUCAAUGGAGCCUCCCGCGCCUCUUUCCAUGGUGUCCAACGAUUCAGAACACCCACCAGUUCGGUCCCAGUACACCUAUAUGCAGACGACGACUGCCCCUCCGCAAUUAUCUAUACAGACAACUCCGCUUGGAGGCCAUGAGCAGGCGAUGAACAUCCCUCGUUAUGUCGAUAACCCGAGACCAUUGAAGAGCCCCCGGCAUAUGAGCCAUCCUUCGAUAAGGAGCUCAGGCUCCGUAGCGAACAACGAGCCAUCUCCGGAAUACCGAUACGCCCCUUAUGCUCCCGUGCACCCGAGUCCUAGUGAGGUUGCCCAGCCAAGCUACCACCCGGAGACAUCUGGGCCACCCUCGGUGCCUUCGAGGGACUACUAUGCGCCUCCGCAUACCUGGACGUCAGCAGCUGGAGAGCACAACACAAAUUUGGCAUACGCCAACAACGAAACUCGACCAUACCCCUUUCCACAAGACGAGUAUAAGAAUACAACGACUGGGACGUCGCCCACGAAGACAGAGCCGAGCCAACCACACCCUACAUCAGUCUACAACGGAACCGCAAGGGGCUCGUUCGACACCAUGCAUCAAUAUUCUUGGAACGGCAAUUAG